GUUUCGCCGCUGCAGUUGCCGCCACGCGCGGAUACAGUUCGGUGCGUGCAUGGAGACUUCUCAGCUUUGUGGAUUUUGUGCUGAUUACGAUUGUUGACCGGAGUACACCUUUCGCAUUCGCGUUUGAACAAUUAACUGUGGUGAACUUUUCUCAAAAUGAUUUUCAAAGAAACAGCACUAUUAUUUUUGCUUAUCGCUGUACACCGGAGCAGAGCUGAUUCCGAAGAAGAAUCAACAACACCGACACAGCCGUCAACAGCAACAUUGGGCACAUUAUUUCGGCAAGCACGUUCCGAGCGUUACUACCCAAACAGCGGCUCGUCUGCGAGCGGAUAUGGCGAGGAUACCUUAGCAGCUUCGCGAAGCGAUACUUACGAAGGGCGUGACUCCGGUUACUUCGACCCGAGAUGUAUCACUUGCGACCCCAACAAAACGCCCGCCACUGCGGCUGCUGCCAGCAUUCCCGAAACGAGAGACCCUUACAGAAUGUAUAGGCCUAGACCAAAGUAUAACGAGUAUUACGAAGACGACCAAUACGGAGCUACCGACGAUCGCCGGUACCGUGAUCAAUAUCGAGAUCAGUACCGAGGUCCAUACCGAGACCCGUACCGGGACCUAUAUGAUUCGUAUUAUGAUAGAGCAAGAUCACCUAAUUAUGACUAUCGACAAUACGACCCUUAUGCCAAAGGCAAUGAGCUUUUCAGACCUUCGACCUACAACGACCAAAGUGUUGGUAGGUAUGAUCCUUACCAACGAGAUCCAUACUACAGGGACAGACCACUCAUGGACCGACCAAUCAAUAGGCCGCUGAUGGAGCGUCCUCGUGAUCGUCCUGCCGAAAGACCGUAUGAUCGUCAUUGGGAUCCCCACUACGAUCGUAAUUAUGAAAAUUAUGAUCCAGCUUACACUUACCCAGAGGAUGAUUAUGAUCGUUACGGGCCACAGAGGAGGCCGCCUUAUGAAGAGUAUGGCCCGCCAAAAUAUAACCGCGGUGGUAGUAACCGUGGAUAUGGGCGAUACGAUGCAAGAUAUGACAGGUACGACCCGUAUGAGAGGAGUAUGGGUAGAAGACCAUUAAACUAUGACGACAGAUACGACGGCAGAUACGGAGGUAGCAGAGGACCAGGUCCUGAUCAAUCUCGAGGUUACUAUGGAGGUGGCUACUCGUCCGGAGGAGGUGUAGACCGACCAAUUUACGCUAGUGCUUGGAACUACGCUGGAAGCAGCCGGGACAACUGGAGGGAUGUGAAUCGAGAUCGUGAUCGCGAUCGCGAUCGUGACCGUGAUAGGGACCGAGAUCGCGAUCGAGAUUAUGUCUACUAUGGGCCAAAGAAUUAUUAUUAUGAUAGUACAGCUGCACCAGGUGGCUCGCGAGGCACCAGUUAUUACGACCGACCCGAAUCCUCGACUAAGCCAGACACUGAUCGCGACAAGCCAACCAACUCACCUCAAACUCAAGACACCAAAACCUACAAGGAUUAAGGGACUAAGCCGGAAAAACACUUUCAGAUCUCACUGAUCCGUAUGGGACAUGUUUAUUUGUGAUACUCUCGCAAGGAAAUAGUAUACUUUGAUGAUCAAUAUACUCAUGCGAUCUACUUUAAACAAAUAUAUUUAAAAUUUAUUUUUUCCUCUCAACAUUGAACAUCAUUGUAGUCAUAUUGUCAUAGAGCUGUCUUGAUCAUUCUUCAAAAGAUAAUCUGUUACAUAUCAUAAACGAAUUAAGCAAGACUGUACGCAAUACGCAAUAUGUUAAUAAUUCUGAUUUAUUUAAAUUAAUUUAAUUAAGACAAGUGGUUUUUAAAGAUAAUUAAUUAGUAUUCUCCAAUUUUUAAGCUUCAAGCUAUUGGCAUUGAAAAUUAUCAAAAGUUACGAUAUAGCUAUAGAAUCGUAGCUUCCAGCUACAAAUAACGUAAAUAAGUAUGUAUUUAAAUUAAUAGUGAUUUACGGAUUGUCAAACUGAUGCAUGUAUGACAUUUUUCUUUCUUUUUAUCUCGAGAAAUUUUUAUAUAUAAGAAAUUUUUAUUAAUAAGCGACAAAUAAUUUAGUAAGAAUACAAAAUAUUAAGUAAGAAAUUAUGUAGCAAAGUGAUAUAUAUCGAAACCAAUUGUCAUGCUGAGAGUGUGUGGCAAUUUUUUUUUCCAACUGUUUUAUAUUUAAUAAGUUAUAAGUUUUAAAUUUUUGUA